AUGGAAGAGAAGUAUGUCCAUUAUGGAAGAAGAUUUAGGCAAGAUGUUGACAAACCCUUGAAGAGGGCAUUGAGAAGUUGCAGAAGACAAUCUAAAUCCGAACAUGUGACCAAAAAGAAAAAAUCGUCGGACGGUUUUGCCCUUCAUCCCGAUGACGUCCUUCUAGAGAUCCUCAAAAAGCUUCCACCUGAUUUACUCCGAUACAAGGUUAAAUUCGUCUGCAGACGAUGGUUCACCAUAAUCACCAACAACAUCUUGUUUGACCACGCUUCCCUAAUCCUACAAAGGUCAACCGGAAGCAACUCAAUUUGUCUGAUGGAUAUAAGGGAAGAAGAACAAGGCCUAAAAAUGAAACAACAAUUUAUUUACAUACCAUUUAAUGGUUGUAUAAAAUCUUGGUGUAAUGAGUACCUUCUAAUAACCAACUCAAUUAGAAUCAGAAUUCUUUACCUUUUCAACCUAAUCACCAAACAAGGAUCAUUUCUUUCAUCAUCUUCCAUAUCAUGUGGAGGACAUUACAGUUGCAAAUGUGGAUUUGGCCUUUCAUACGAUCAUAUCAAAAAAGUAUACAAAGUCGUCCACGUGUACAUGGGCCCACCAAUCCAAUGCGAGAUUCUCGUGUUAGAAAGUAAUGUCAUAAGUUUGGGAUGGUUAAAUUGGAAAAAAAUCAACGGGCCUUUGCAUACAGGUCAACGACAGUAUUAUUGGGAAAACCCGGUUUCGGUUCAAGGGAGGUAUUUUCAUUGGGAUGUUCAUAGUGAUAAAUACUUUGUAUCUAUGGAUACAGUUAAAGAGAGAUUUCGUCAAACUUUCUUACCGGAUGUUUAUCCUAUGGAUAAUCGGUAUUCUUUGGUUGAAAUGGGUGGUUUUCUUACUCUUCUUCAUAAAGUCUCGUUUGACCGAGUCAACGUAUGGAUGCUUAAAGGUUUUCAAAAGACCAAAUGGGAGAGGUUUCAUUCGAUAUGUAUAUUGGGUUAUGUGUGCUUGAGGGUUUUCCCUGGGAGUGUUGUUUCUUUUCCUGUGACUAGUGUGAAAAGUAAGAGAUAUAUUAUUUUUAGGAAACCCGGAUCUAAUACGGGUUUAUAUAGUUAUGAUCUGAAAAAUAAAAUCAUGAAAAGACUAGAGAUUGAUAUUGCGGAUAAUGAACGUUGUGUGGUUCAGUCAACAACAGCAAGUUUUUGGAAAACAUAAAUUUUGUUGUGGUAGAAGUCGAUGAUCUCUGCUGGGAAGGCUGGAGUUGUUGUGAAGAGGGCUUUUGAAGAUUGAGGGACUGGUCAAUCCUAUCAAUAUAAAUGGGUCCAUUGUGCCAUAUGAUCUCUUUACUUAGAUUUAAUUUAUUUACCUUAUAUUUCAUCAACUAAUGGGUUAUAAUAACAAUUCAUUUCGUUUGAUUAUUAAUCAUUAGUGGGAUUCAAAGGUUUUAAGAUUAUGAUUUUACCUAUGAAUGAUUUAUGCUUUGCAUGAUUGUGAUCGUGCGAUUG